AUGACUUCAACUUCUACUUCUAUCCGAUUUCUAGAGAAACGGUUUCAUGAGGUCACCGGGGACGACUCGAGCUUCUGGUCGGUUUUCGUAGAGCCUCUUUCUGCAGGAUGGAUACUUCGUACAAGAGAGAAAGAUACGAUCAGUUUACCAAUUAAGACUCAGUUUUGGGUUAAGCGAGUCAAAUGCCAUGGUGAUGAACGUGCACGUGAAAUGGUUGGAGAGGCCAUCAAUGUUGUUUUUGGACAACUUAAUGUCGAGCAUGCUGACACGAUCAUUGAGCUUGACUUAGAUCAAGACCAAAAAAAAGUUGUAGAAACUUGGCUUUUGUUUAAAAGAACGAUGUAUAACGGAAUAGUGACAUGGGUUAAUGAUAAGAAGAUUCAACCUACCGAAGAGAUUUUGAAGGCCAAGUUAAUUCUGGAAAACUUGGAGAAAGACAAGCUUUGUUUUGGAAUCUACACGGCACUUAGAGACUCGGUUGUCAAGGAAUUUCUUAGAGAUUACCAGACCACUAAACAGGAGUGUGAAAUAACCAAAAUACCAUUUUCUAUGAAAGCUUCAAAAAAAAAGACAGGAUCUAAAUUGCUGAUUUUGAACUCGAUGUGGAAUCAGUGUAACGGAUUUUUUGAUACUGUUUUAAAUCCAACCAAAUUAUCACCCAGCCAAUCAUUACCAAAAGUAUUUCCUGGCAACACCUUUUUAAUAUGCAAAUCAUCCAAAUACUAUUUACAAAUUCCAGCAUUUGGACAAAAACAGAGUUUGAAAUUACACGCUAAAGAGAAUAGCUACGUUGUUCUGAAUCCUGGGAAAGACAAUUUUUCCACAUGUAUUGGAUCUGACUGCUACAUAACAAUCUUUGGAGGUGAAGGAUUUACUCCUGAUCCAAGUGAGUCAAUGUACAACAAGGUGGCACGAUACCUAUGCGAGCACUACGACCAUAUUUUUGUGCCAAUGGAAGAAUAUCAGCAGCAAUUUUUAAACAUUCUCCGAGACAAGGCUGGCCAAUUUAAACAGUUGACUACAGUGACAAUGGUGGAGAGAUGCCAGCUCCCAUUUACAUGUAGCAGCUGCGGUAAUAUAGGUAAAGCCAUUGAAGAGGGCCAAAUUUUCGCAUGCCACCGAUGUAGAUUGCAGUGUAGCAGCGAAGAAAACGAGGCAAAGAAUUCAUUGCUCAGGCAAAUAAACCCGUACGUCAGUCAAGUGGUGAAAGAGGUUUUGGACGAAUACGGAAACUAA